AUGAAGCAAACGUUGUCUAAAGAACGGCCCGUGUGGGUCACCGAAGUUCGAUGUGAAGGAAGUGAGUCGCAUCUCCGCAGUUGCAGACCGACCGUGUUAAAUCGGUUUUCCUCUGACAUUACAGGCGUCGGUGUCCUUUGUUCAGGGCACUUGCAACUAAGGUUGUCUGGAAGUGAUGACGCAUGUGCUGGAAGACUGGAAUUUUAUUAUAACGGAUCCUGGGGAACAGUUUGCGAUGACUCCUGGGAUCUAGUUGAUGCUAAUGUUGUCUGUAGGCAACUGGGCUGUGGAUACGCUUUGGAGGAAAAAUAUCUUGAUUUCUGUGUACGAGGCACUGGAGAGGUUUGGUUGGAUGAAGUGAGGUGUUCGGGUAAUGAAUCACAUCUCUGGAAAUGUCCUUCAGCUCUGUGGGGCCAGCAUGACUGCAGCCAUAAGGAAGAUGUGAUAGUAACGUGUUCCGAACACAAAGAUAUGUGCCUGAUGAACGGAGAUCGGCGAUGUGAAGGCAGAGUGGAAGUGCUGUACAAUGGGACGUGGGGAACAAUUUGUUCCGAGUCACUGAAUGAAAAUACCGCGAACUUGAUCUGUAAACAAAUGAAAUGCGGACCCAUGAUAUCUGUUAAAUAUAACUACCAGACAUAUGGAGAGGAAUUUGGUCCAAUAUGGCUGGAUCAAAUAAAAUGUUCUUCGUACGAGUCGACCAUUUGGCAGUGUCAUGCUGACCCGUGGGGGAAACACACCUGUGACCUUAGUGACUAUGCCGGGAUAGUUUGUGAAGGUAACAGAAGAUAUCCAUUACGUGAUGAUUUGUAUGUUAAACAUAGAUGGUAA